AUGGCGACCAAGAAGCCCAACAUCCUCUACAUCAUGGCGGACCAGAUGGCCGCGCCAUUGUUGUCUCUGCAUGACAAAAACUCACCCAUUAAGACUCCCAAUUUGGACCGUUUAGCCAGCGAGGGUGUCGUCUUUGACUCGGCCUAUUGCAAUUCCCCUCUGUGUGCGCCCUCGCGCUUCGUCAUGGUGAGCGGUCAACUGCCCUCGAAGAUCGGCGCCUACGAUAACGCGGCGGAUCUGCCCGCCGACACUCCGACUUACGCCCAUUAUCUGCGUCGCGAGGGGUACCACACGGCGUUGGCGGGUAAGAUGCACUUUUGCGGUCCAGAUCAGUUGCAUGGUUAUGAACAGCGCUUGACGAGCGAUAUCUAUCCUGGUGACUAUGGCUGGUCGGUCAAUUGGGAUGAGCCGGAAAUCCGCCUGGACUACUAUCACAACAUGUCGUCCGUUCUGGAAGCCGGGCCCGUGGUACGCACGAACCAGCUCGAUUUUGACGAGGAGGUCAUCUACAAAUCUAAGCAGUAUUUGUACGACCACGUGCGCCACCGCACCGACCAGCCGUUCUGCUUGACCGUCUCCAUGACGCACCCCCACGACCCCUACGCAAUGACCAAGGAGUUCUGGGAUCUGUACGAGGAUGUCGAAAUUCCCCUGCCCAAGAACGGAGCCAUCCCACACGAUCAGCAAGACGCCCAUUCCCAGCGCGUGCUCAAGUGCAUCGAUCUGUUCGGCAAGGAGAUGCCCGAUGAGCGCAUUCGUGCCGCCCGUCGCGCUUAUUAUGCCGCCUGCACUUAUGUCGAUACCAACAUUGGCAAGCUGCUCAAGGUGCUGAAGGAUACCGGGUUGGACGAGGAUACCAUUAUUGUUUUCACGGGUGAUCACGGCGACAUGCUUGGUGAGCGUGGCCUCUGGUACAAGAUGACCUGGUUCGAGAACUCGGCUCGUGUGCCGAUGCUCUUCCAUGCUCCGAAGAAAUUCGCUCCCAAGCGUGUGUCCGAGAAUGUUUCCACUAUGGAUCUACUGCCCACAUUCGCCGGUCUGGUCGGUGCGCCUCUCGUGCCGGGACUCCCGCUCGACGGUGUCUCUCUGGUGCCGUACUUGACUGGCGAAGAUGGUCCUCGCACUGAUACCGUGUACGGCGAGUACAUGGGCGAAGGCACCCAGGCUCCCUUGGUUAUGAUCCGCCGUGGUCGCUGGAAGUUCAUUUACUCGACUAUUGACCCGCCCAUGCUGUACGACCUGGUCAGUGACCCAGAGGAGAAGGUCAACCUGGUCGCAGGUUUGCCCAUUCCUUCGACUACCAGAGCUACUGCCACCGGCAAGCCUGCCAACCCUCUAUCCGUGCCAGCCAAUCUGCCCACCCCCGACGAUACUCCUCGCGUCUCGCCCAUCCCACAACGCGCCACCAACAACUCGACUCAAUACCCCUUCCCCUCAUCUACGCCCACACCUCCUCGCACCCCCAGUCCGGCAAAGUUCACCGCAUUGCCCGAUACCACAGAACCAGCUAAGCUGUUGGCCUUCUUCCUCGAGGAGACCAACAACCGCUGGGAUAUGGAAGCUAUCCGACAGGAUGUGAUCCGGUCGCAGCGUCGCCGGCGCCUGGUGUACUCUGCGUUGAUCCAGGGUACGCCUUCAUUCUGGGACUAUGAGCCACGCGUGGAUCCGAGCAAGCAGUACGUGCGUAACCAAGGCAAGGGAGUGCUUGAUGAUGUCGAGUUAAUCUCCCGCUGGCCGCGCGUAUUGCAGCAGGCCGCUACUGCUCAGGGCAUUUCUGCUUGA